AUGCAGAGGGCAAUGGAAGAUCUCAUGGACGAAUGUGAGGAGCUUCGCGAGUGUAAGGAGGCCCGCGGCAAUGAUAGGAAGGACAGUGCUGUGUAUGAGCACGAGGACUACGAAAAAUUACGAGGCGAGAAUCGAGUUUUGCAAAGCGAUUUUGCCGCAAGUCGUAAUGACUGCACUCGUCUGCAGAGUGAGAACGACGAACUCCGGACGAGUAUCCUCGCCAUGGAACAUGAGUCCCGCGAGGCGCAAAUCAUGCAAAAGUCUUUUGAAGAGCUGCAAGCGGCGCACGAGCAGCUCAAGAAGUCGAAUGAGACGUUAGAGAAAUACCUCGCCAUGGCCGUUCACGACGUCCAAUUCCAAGAGCAAGCUUGCAAGGAACUGGAGCGUAGUAGGGAUGCUUUGCGGGACGAAAUGGACGAUGCGAACAUCGAGCUCAAAGCUCUAGAGAAGACAAUCUCCAACGUGGCUCAGGAGUUUACCUACAAGGACGACAAAAUCGCGGCCCUUUCGACUCAGCUGGAGCAACUUCGGGAGAGCGCCUGUGAAUUAGGCAAGACUCACAAUAAUCUUACUUUCGAACUCGAGGAGACCAAGGAAGAGUUGGUCCAGAAAUCCGCCAUCUUGGAUUGCAAAGAGGAUUACGAGCGGGACUUCUUUCAGUUGCAAGCUGAUUACGARGUGGUGUGCCAUCAAUUAAAGGAGCUAGAGGAUCGAAUGCGUGCCGAAGAAAUGCGAGCCGCGAAAGAUCGGGAUAAAGACUUGCAAAGCUUCACUGAUGGACUCUCGGAUGGUUUCAUGCUGGCAACACUGAUCCUCCUCAUAGCCUUGGGUAUCUAUGGUGUGUGUACUGGGAAGCUGGGUUGA